AUGGAUGACAAAGAUAAGCAGAAACGGUAUUUCGCCAUAACAAAGUCUAAGUUGCAACACAUGCGACAUGAUCCUUCAGUCUCAAUUGAUGAUUUUAUUUCAAAGAUGUUUGUUUCAUCAGAUUCUGGUAAUGCGAAGUCAUUUACGGGUUCUUCCAAUGCGACCACCACGCCUGAAAAUCCUUCAGACAUGAUUGGGUCAUCGUUUUUGGAACCGCCGUUUUCAAAUCUAAAGACAACUGCCGGACCAGCUGUUGACGAUUUCACCUGGGGACCCAUGACCUCUGCGGUAAAAAGCACGUUAUCGCAGGCCAAUAGUACUGCGAAUGAGGAGUGUCAAGACGACUUUGGCAACUUUGCUUCAUUUGAACCUGCCUUCCAAACUCCAACGUCGACCUCCAAACCGACGCUUGUAGUUGAUCUUUCUCAACAAGAAAUGGCGAAUGUUGUGAACACGGCUUUCGCAAAUCCCGUCUCCUCCCCAGUUUCUCAAUUCCAUCAGUCGGCGAAUCCUUCAGAUCCCUCUGACGAGUUUGAUGACUUCGUCGGUUCUUCAACUGUGUCUACACAGCCACCUUCCGCAUUCUUUCCCCAGCAUCUCCCUCAGCCUCCCAAAGAGCCGGCAGUCGAUUCAAAUCCCGCCAAUCUUGCUGAUUGGCCAGGUGGCCAACAAGACGCCAGUCUCGAUGACGCUUUUCAGGAUUUCCAGGGUUGUACCUACGAGCCCCCAGCGGAGCAAGAACAACUGCCCACUGAGGACUGGCUGAAAUGCCUUUCAGAGUGUCAUGCCAUGUUAUCCAAAUCAAGUUCUAUUCUAUCCAGCCUCGUCACAGACGCCGAUGUCGAUGCCUUUCUGUCAACUGCUCGAGGCAACGAAUUUAUUUUUGAAUUAAUCGAGAUUUACGGAGUUGCCCAACGAAUCCGUCUGGCAGCGUCUAUCCACAAGAUCUUGGACACUCAAUUGCAGACCGCAUUCAACCACAUCGACGAUACCUGGGCUGAACUAGCCAGGUUUGUGAGGCUAAAUGAUCACAAGUCGGUGCUGAAGCGUCUUCUGUCGCAGCCGACAGAGGCGGCCGCUGUCGUGAACCCGCUGGCCGUCGAGCCGAACUGCGGGGUGUGCGUGACCCCCGUGUCCCCCGACGCCGCCGCCACCAUAGCCCUCGCCGGACGCACCUACCACGUGACCUGCGCCAACCUCUGGGUCAACCGCAUCGAACUCGCCCUGCCCACCCUCCGAGCACCCUGA